GGCACAGCACCUGCGCACAGCCAGUCCGAUCGUAGCCGACGGCGCGCGCGUUCCAAUUUUGAAAAUCGAACGAUUUAAACUUCGAACGCGAUUUGAAUUUUAAUCGUUGCACUUUCGAAUUGCAGUUUGUGUUUUGGUGUUAGUGUGUGUUUGUGAUUGUGGAUUUUUUUACAUUAAUAACCAGCGGCAAUGCGACAGUGAAAAAUAAAAAUGGCGUUAAGGACUAAACUAGUGAUCUUAGUGUUAACCUCAUUAAUAACAAACAACCUGUGUGAAAAUGACGUUUUAAAACUCUCAAUCGACGACGGCGAUCUACUAAGAGGCAGCGGCGAAGAAAAAGAAAACCUAGAAAAAGAGAUAGAAUUAGAAGAUAAAUCAGAAUUAGAAGAGUAUACGACUACAGAAUAUGCGACCACAGACGAAGCGUAUAUGGUUACUUUGAAUGAUUUAAGAAUAGAUACGACGGUGGAAAGUACGACGGAGGACAAUGGUGUAGUCAGGACGGCCGUGCCGGAGGAUAUUUAUAAUGCCAGUAACAUUGUUAAGGCAGAAACCACUACUUCACCCCCCACCAGAGCCACAGAGAGCAUGGAGGGGAUGUCCCCCAGGAUUGCAGAGUUCGAUGGGGAGGAGACCAACCAACGGAGCCCUAAGCUGACGGAGAGUGCUAGACCGGAACCCCAACCCCAUGACCAGCCAGUCUUCGACCCCUCUCCCCCAGAAGCUAUUACCCCCCAAGCCACGCUCCGCAACUGGCUUGAGGACCCCUGGCUGCGAGCACCAGCCGGUCUCCUGGUGCCUCUCAGGUCCUCAGCGUUGGUUCGGGCGAGCGCGGUCUGGGACGACCUCAACGAAGAGAGCUUGGGGCUGAGCGACGUGGUGCUCGUCGGCUAUCAUGCUAACGGUAUCAAUUGGAGAUCCCGUCACAACCUUCAAGGCAACGGUGUUAAAAAUGGCUACACGGCUGUAUCUGAUGCCCUAAAUAAGCUCUUGGUUAAAUACCAGGGAUUGUCAGAAACGAGCGACGGAACAAUGCAAGCCCUUAUAUCAGCCACCAAGCUUGUGCCAUAUGACAGUGCAUUAUUUGUAUUGACGGAUAGAGCCCCAGGAGAUCUCCAUAGGCUCCCGUUAGCUGUUAGAGCUCUAGUUGAGAAGCGACUAAAGGUGUAUACGAUCUGGACGAACCCAUCUCUGCCAGCGUUUGACAUAGAGCAACAGAUUCAAGGUCUGAAGAACGUCUCCAAGCAUACCGAGGGAGAAGUGCUGACUUACACACUGGGUUUGGACAUGGGAGCAAGCGACAUGGACCGAAUGCACUCGGAGGUUCAAGCGCAGCCGCGACGGGCCAGACUCAACGCUAUUGAGGAGGACGAAAAAUUUGAAACUCUACUAGUACGAAGAGGUGGAGGAGGUGCCACCUCCUUGGGCAUUCCAGUGGAAUACGGAGUGACAGCUCUGAAGAUAUAUAUCAAGGGGGACGUGGAACAUGCUGUUUUGUACCCUCCCAAUGAUGCUCCUCAAGUGGACCUGUACAACAUGACUUCAGUGCGAGCCUUCUCCGCGGCCUCGAGAACUGAUGAGUUGUCUCCAAGGGAGGUGUUCCUCGUAUUCGCUGGGACUGAUCCUCAGAACGACGCAUUAAAAGUUCUACCAAUGAAGCCAGUGGACUCACCCUCAGCGCAAGCGGGCAUGUGGCAUUUAUCCGUUCGCUGCGACACUUGCAACUACCACCUUCGUGUGUUAGCACGGGCACAGCUCCACUUUCACGCCAGCUUGAAGGCCACAGAUAUGCUGAAGAUCAGGAUUGUGGGUCCAGUUGCGAGUGUGAGGGAGUCAGCGCUAGUCGACGAGUAUGGUGCAGAAUUGACGAAGCUGCCUUUCAGUUAUCAACCUAUAGCUGGCGAUGGUCAAGACGUUCCCCAGGAUAGUCCUAUGACGGAAAUAGAAGAAACAAUACCGCUACCCAACGUGAAGGCUAAAAGGGUCUACGUCAGGAUCCUAGGCAGGGAUAUCAGAGGCGAGCCAUUCGUCCGUCUGUCAGGCCCGCUAAACGAACCUGAGGUGCGCUUGGGCCGCUCCGCCAUCUUGGAAUUUGAAGACCUGGAUCGCGCCGAGGAGGCUAACAUUGCAUUCGCCAGGCUGCGACUAGGCUAUAAUGAUAGCAACGUGUUGCCUUACAAUAGAGCUACGUCGCAGGUCGUGAACCAGCAAGGAACCAUUAUGACUGCCGUGCAGAUAGGUCUCAGUACGAGGUUGUACGGCUCACCAGGGGACAACCUGCAGCUACAUUUCGAGGUGACAAACUACAGGGACCAAUCUGUGAGGUUCUCAUUCGAGGCAAGAGGCGAGCUCAGGUUUUUGACAGGAAUCAGUCCUAGCUCCCAAACUGUACUGAGCGGCCAGACAGUCAACGUGGUUGUGUCCGUAUCAAUCACCAGUACGGCUCAGCCGGGUGCCAGGGAUCUCAUCACAUUCACGGCUAUAGGCAUUGACCAGGUCUCCAUCUCCGCGUACGUCUACGUAGUCAACACAGUAGAUUCAGUCGAUAUUUGGGCUCCGGAACUCAGGCAUACCUUCCAGGGCACGUGCAUCGGUAGGCAGGGAGACGAUUGCGCUCAGCACAUCUGGUCUACCACCAUUACAGCCAGGGAUGCUAGUUCAGGGCUUCUCCGCCUCACCUCAAUACCCAUCGGUCUGGUCUACGACAGCAACUUCAUAUCCGGCACCAGGGAAGAGAUCAGAGCCAUCUACCGGGCUACAUGCUGCGCUCCAAGACUAUCUGUCACGGCUGUGGAUGCUAACGGGAAUGUUAAUAGCUACAUCAUUGACAUAAGCGGCUAUCUAAACUCGGCAUCAAUAGCAGCCAUCACGCUGGGCAUAUUCCUGGCCAUUGCCAUCAUCCUCCUCAUCAUAUUCCUCAUCUACUGGUGCGUGAGGAGACGGAAGGAGUCAAGGGAACUGCCCUAUUCAACCUCUACCAGGAAUUAAAUGUUUAUGUUCACUUCAGCAGUUCUAAGUUAAGGCAAAAGGAGAUAAGUCUGUUUACAGAUUUGAGAAUUUUAGGUAAAGAUAUAUUGUAGAUUAUUAGACUCCGACCACACUAAGUUUGCAUCGUCUUGUCCCUCUAUUGUUCACGUAAAUUUGGCGAGCGACUUAGCGUGACGGACCCUAAAUAACAAUAAAUUGAAAAAAAAAUCCAAGACACAUUUUCCCUAAACAUAGCUAGGGACCAUCUCGACAGGACAGACCAAAUUUUCAAUUAAAAAAUUGCGCUCAAAUCGGUCCUUCAGUUUGGGAGCAACAUAUAACUUAUAAUUAGCGUCAAGGGUUUAAAUAAUAAAGAGAUAAAAAAAAAAUAUUUUGUAAGUCCAAGUCUUAAACUUUUAGGAGAACGAAGUUAAAAUGACAUUAAGUCAAGUAGGAUUUUGAGGUAUUUUUGUGUAGAAACCAAUGUGAUGAGUGUGAUGACAAAGUAGUUUAAGGCACAAAAUGUGUUUAAAUAUAUUUUUUGUAAGUUACCUACCUAUACGUAAAUUAAGUUACAUAAGUUAAGAGUCAGACAGGUAUUUUAAAAUAUGAACAACUGACAAUUCGCAUCCUAUAAAGGACUAACAAAUAAAUAAAUAAAUAUUAGGGGACAUCUUACACAGAUAGAUCGAUUUUAAGUAUAAAACUCCCGUGAGACUCAAACAUAUUAAAUUAUUUUAAACCGGGUCACUCACGUAUUAUUAAGGGUCGGUUGCACCAAACCGUCUGUCACCGUUUUACCGUUCGCUAAAUUUUAUUGUAUGGAAAGUUUCAUAGUUCUCUGCUGCUUGACGUUAAUCAGUCUGUUAAUUGUGGUUGGUGCAACUGGGCCUAAGUCGAAUAGCCGUGCGAGUCGGGCUUUGGCCCGCACUCCGCGGUACACGGCUCGCCCUCGACCAGUGAAGACGUGUCGUGCUCCGUGAAGACGAUCCUCGUAAACUGGAUCGAUACAUGUCGAGCUAUUCGGGAUAAAAACUAUCCUAUGUCCUUCUCAGGGACACAACCUAUCUCUAUGCCAAAUUUCAUCUAAAUCGAUUCAGCGGUUUAAGCGUGAAGAGGGAACACACAGACAGACAGACUUUCGCAUUUAACACUCCGCCAACUGACAACUUCUCCUGACUGUACCAUCAGUUCGUAAACCUUAUUACUAAAGGCAUAAGGUCCUAACAUGGACAGUUAGUGUUGCUGUUUGUACUAUGUUAAACAAUUUUUCAACCUGACUUUAUGUUUAUAGGUAUUUAACAAUAGAAAUAAACAUUCCCAGUAAUAUAAGUUUCAAAAUUGUCUAAACUAAGCAUUUUUCCAUAAUACGGGUAGUAAAACUUGUUGUAUUUAUAAUUAUAUUUAAUAGUUAAGUGUUACUAAUUUGCCGAGCCAUAUUACUUGUAAAAUUGUAAUUGCAAAUAAAUAAUGAUAAUAUU